AUGGCCGAGAAGCAGAAGCACGAUGGGCGGGUGAAGAUCGGCCACUACGUGCUGGGGGACACGCUGGGGGUCGGCACCUUCGGCAAAGUCAAGAUUGGUGAACACCAGCUGACAGGGCACAAAGUAGCAGUGAAGAUUCUGAACAGGCAGAAAAUCCGCAGCCUGGAUGUGGUGGGGAAGAUCAAACGAGAAAUUCAGAACCUGAAACUCUUCCGGCACCCUCACAUUAUCAAACUGUACCAGGUCAUCAGCACACCAACAGACUUCUUCAUGGUCAUGGAAUACGUGUCCGGCGGGGAAUUGUUUGAUUACAUCUGUAAGCACGGACGUGUCGAGGAGGCAGAAGCUCGACGCCUUUUCCAGCAGAUCCUCUCUGCAGUGGAUUACUGCCACAGGCACAUGGUUGUGCACAGGGACCUGAAGCCAGAGAAUGUACUGCUGGAUGCCCACAUGAAUGCAAAGAUAGCUGAUUUUGGACUGUCCAACAUGAUGUCAGAUGGUGAAUUUCUGCGCACCAGCUGUGGUUCCCCAAAUUAUGCAGCCCCUGAAGUCAUCUCUGGAAGGCUCUAUGCUGGCCCAGAGGUGGACAUCUGGAGCUGUGGUGUCAUCCUCUACGCCCUCCUGUGUGGCACUCUGCCUUUUGACGACGAGCACGUGCCCACCCUGUUCAAGAAGAUCCGUGGGGGUGUGUUUUACAUCCCUGAGUACCUCAACCGCUCCGUGGCCACACUCCUCAUGCACAUGCUGCAGGUGGACCCCCUCAAGAGAGCCACCAUCAAGGACAUCAGGGAGCACGAGUGGUUCAAGGAGGAGCUGCCCAGUUACCUGUUCCCAGAGGACCCUUCCUACGACGCCACGGUCGUCGACGACGAGGCGGUGCGGGAGGUGUGCGAGAAGUUCGAGUGCACGGAGUCGGAGGUGAUGAACAGCCUGUACAGCGGUGACCCCCAGGACCAGCUGGCCGUGGCCUAUCACCUGGUCAUCGACAACCGCCGCAUCAUGAACCAGGCCAGCGAGUUCUACCUGGCCUCCAGCCCUCCCACGGGCUCCUUCAUGGAUGACAGUGCCCUGCACAUCCCUCCGGGCGUGAAGCCGCACCCCGAGCGCAUGCCGCCGCUCGUCGCCGACAGCCCCAAAGCCCGCUGCCCCCUGGAUGCCCUCAACACCACCAAGCCAAAGCCCCUGACUGUCAAAAAGGCCAAGUGGCACCUGGGCAUCCGCAGCCAGAGCAAACCCUAUGAUAUUAUGGCCGAGGUGUACCGGGCUAUGAAGCAGCUGGACUUCGAGUGGAAGGUGGUGAACGCCUACCACCUGCGGGUGCGCCGCAAGAACCCCGUCACCGGCAACUACGUGAAGAUGAGCCUGCAGCUCUACCAGGUGGACAACCGCAGCUAUCUGCUGGACUUCAAAAGCAUCGAUGACGAGGUGACGGAGCAGAGGUCUGGCUCCUCCACGCCCCAACGCUCCUGCUCAGCCGCGGGCUUGCACCGGCCGCGCCUGAGCAUCGACGCGGCCGCGGCCACCGAGUGCCAGUCCCUGAUGGGCUCCCUGAGCGGCUCCUUCGUGGGCAGCAUCCCCUCGGUGCCCCCCCGCCUGGGCAGCCACACCAUGGACUUCUUCGAGAUGUGUGCCAGCCUCAUCAUGGCCCUGGCCCGCUGAUGGCACCGGCCCCUCUGC